UCUCUUCGCUUCUGGAAAGUUGCGCAGCCAGCGCCAAGCUGAGCGCAGACCUGGGCGGGAGGGGACUCCCCCGAUCCCCGACCACGACCCCGUGGGAGCAAGCCUUUGGAGAAAACGGAGUGGGGGGUGGGGGAACAGGGUGAGCCCUCUCCAUCAGGAGAAAAAGACCUAGAGUGGCACACCCCGGGCAGGGGCCAGAGGUAGCGCUGCCGAGAGCUUCCAAGCUGCAGGUUCACACCCUUCUCUUCCCUCCGCUGUGUAUGUGUGUGUGUAUCCGUGUGUGUGUGUGUGUGUGUGUGUGUGUGUGUGUGUGUCCGCCUGCAUCCCUGCUCCCCCUCCCCGCCCCUCCCUCCCUCAUUCUCUCUCCCCUCCCUCUAGCGCUCGCUCUCUCCCUCUCUCCUCCUCCUGGCCGUAUCGCCACAGUUCCCUGAGACCAGAAGAGAGAGCGCACCUCCCAGCAGAUCCGCUCUCUCCCCAGACUAUGGGGCAGCCAGGCUGAGGCUGCCCAGACAGACCCUGCAGCAGCAGCAACAGCCGCAGCUGCUGCAACAGCCAGCCUAGCCAGCCAGCCCCAAGACCCGCAGGCGGCCCGCGGUGCCUCUCGGAGGGCGGACGCCCCGAGCCUCGGCCAGCCAGAGACUCUCCCGCCUGUGCCCGCGGGACGCACGCGUGCCCCACUGCCUGGCUCUCGCUUGCUGGCUAGUUCGCUCCGCUCUCGGAUAUACUAGCGGGGGAAAAGGAUGGCUUACUCCGGGGGGCUUGUGGGGCUUCUCCUCCUUUGUGAAGCUGCAUUGGGCCUUUAUUUUUCCCGGGACACUUACUCAGAAAAACUCUAUGUUGAUGAACCUGCUGGAACGCCCCUGCUCUACGUUCAUGCCUUACAAGAUACCAGAGGGGAGGUGCCCCACUUCCACCUGGGUCAGCACCUCUAUAGCACCUAUCGAUCUCAGUCACACAAGAAUGACUGGUUCCAAAUUAAUGAAGACACAGGACUUCUCUACCUCAACCAGAGUCUAGACCAGAGGGCCUUGGAGAAACUGAGUGCUCGAAAUGGAGGAUUUCCCUUACGCACCAUCUACCUUCAAGUGUUCCUCUCACCCAAGCCCUUCCAGGAACAUGAGUGCCACUGGCCAAGCUGUGCCAAAGUGAUGCUAUUUAUCAUCAAUGCCACCAUGCCAGCCUGUAGCUCCCUGAAGCCCAGGGAGUUCUGCUUUUUGGAGACGGGACUCUCAUUCCGCAUCAAGGAGAAUAAGCCACCAGGCACUUUCCACCAGUUCCGUUUACUUCCUGUACAGCAUCUGUGCCCAAAUAUCAGCAUUUCCUACCAGUUCCAUAGAGAUGAAGACCUUCCCUUCCAUUCUGAUAAGGACACUAUGGAGGUGAGCAUGAAGCACUCUCUGGAUCGGGAACAAAAGGAAAAGUAUGAGUUGAUUGCCAAGUGCACAGUACGGGAUGGUUUGCGAGAAGAAGAUGUGAUGGCACCAUUUCCUGUGACUGUAUAUGAUGAGGAUGAUUCACCUCCUAGUUUCCCCACUGGCAUCAACACAGCCAGUGCCAUUGUGGAGUACAAACGGAAGGAGGGUACAGUGUUGGCAGUGCUACAGGUCUUCGAUGCAGAUGUGGUGCCAUCCUCUGGAGAAAUCCAAAGAAAAUAUACGCACACCAUGUUAACCAGUGAUCCUUGGGUCACCGAAUUCUUCCGGGUGGAGCACUAUCCAAAUGAGACUUCUUAUACUUCUAAUGGAAGCCGUGUGCGCGCCAUGAUGCACGUCUACAAACUUGUGCUUAACCGAAGCCUCCCUAUCACAGAGAGCCGUUCUUUCCAGCUGGAAGUCCUGGUGAAUGACACGGAUUUCCAGGGUCCUCGAGGGGCUCUCCUGCUCUAUUUCAAUGUGUCCAUCCUACCUGUUAGCAUACGGUUCCCAAACAACACCUACUACUUCUCAGUAAAUAGGAAUGCUCAUCGAUAUGCACAGAUUGGAAAAGUUUGCAUUGAAAACUGCAAGGAGUUCCAUGGAGUAAAUGUUACCUACAGACUUCAGUCUCCCAGCACUAACUGCACAGCUCUGGGCAUCAUCACCACCCCAGAAAGCACCACAGGGACUUUGUUUGUGAAUGACUCCUCUGUGCUGCAAAGGUCAGAAUGCACAGAGAUGCAGUACACGGUGGUUGCCUCAGACAGACAGAGCAAGAAACAGGCCAAAACACUGCUUAUUAUCUCAAUAGAAGGAAAUUAUUUCCCUGAGGAGGAGGGCUGUCCCAUCUCAUGUGCCGUGAACAAGAAGCGUUUGGAGUGUGAGGAAUGUGGUGGCUUAGGCUCCCUGAUGGGCACAUGCCAGUGGAGACAGGGGGAUGGUAAAGGAAUUUCCAAGAACUUUUCAACUUGCACACCAAGCCUCAAGACUUGUCCCGAUGGUAACUGUGAUGCUGUGGAAAGCCGAGAUCUUCAUAUUUGCCCUCAAGAUUGCAUACGGGGAGAAAUUAUUGGUGGCCAUGAGAGAGGGGAGUGGAAAGGAAUCAAGGCUGGAUAUGGAGUCUGCAAUUGCUUUCCAGAAGAAAAGAAGUGUUUCUGUGAGCCCGAUGAUGACAAAGAACCGCUAUGUGAUGAAGUCUGCAGGAUGGUCAUUGCUGUCGCUAUCCUCUUCUCCUUCAUUUUCUCUGUGCUGCUCUCUUCGUACUUCAUCCGCCGCUACCACAAGAACUCCCACAAGCCACCCAUUGCCUCUGCAGAGAUGACCUUCAGGAGGCCAGCUCAGGCCUACCCCAUCAGCUAUUCUUCCUCCAAUGUUCGCCGGCCAUCCCUAGACUCCAUGGAGAACCAGGUCUCAGUGGAUGCCUUCAAAAUCCCAGAGGAUCCAAAGUGGGAAUUUCCUCGGAAGAAUUUGGUUCUUGGAAAAACCCUAGGAGAAGGAGAGUUUGGAAAGGUCGUCAAGGCAACAGCUUUCCAACUCAAAGGAAAAGCCGGCUAUACUACUGUGGCAGUGAAAAUGCUGAAAGAAAAUGCCUCUCCAAGUGAGCUCAGAGAUCUGCUGUCCGAAUUUAACCUGCUAAAACAGGUCAACCACCCCCACGUUAUUAAACUCUAUGGAGCCUGCAGUCAGGAUGGACCUCUCUACCUGAUUGUGGAGUACGCCAAGUAUGGUUCUUUGCGGAGCUUCCUCCGGGAAAGCCGAAAGGUGGGACAAAGCUACAUGGGUGGUAAUGGCAAUCGAAAUUCUAGCUACUUGGACAAUCCAGAUGAGAGAGCACUGACUAUGGGAGAUCUCAUUUCCUUCGCCUGGCAGAUUUCCCGAGGAAUGCAUUAUCUUGCAGAAAUGAAGCUGGUCCACCGUGAUUUAGCAGCCAGAAAUGUCUUGGUGGCGGAAGGACGCAAAAUGAAGAUUUCUGAUUUUGGCCUUUCUCGAGAUGUUUAUGAAGAGGAUUCCUAUGUCAAAAGGAGCAAGGGUCGAAUUCCUGUAAAGUGGAUGGCAAUUGAGUCUCUUUUUGAUCAUAUCUACACAACCCAAAGUGAUGUGUGGUCAUUUGGUGUGCUUCUCUGGGAGAUUGUGACCCUGGGAGGAAACCCCUAUCCUGGUAUUCCUCCUGAACGUCUCUUUAACCUUCUGAAAACAGGCUAUCGAAUGGAGAGGCCUGAAAACUGCAGUGAAGAAAUGUACAAUCUGAUGUUGCACUGCUGGAAGCAGGAGCCAGAUAAGAGGCCAACAUUUGGUGAGAUCAGCAAAGACCUAGAGAAAAUGAUGGUGAAGAGUAGGGACUACUUGGAUCUUGCAGCUUCUACUCCAUCUGAUUCCUUACUUUAUGAUGAUGGCCUUUCAGAAGAGGAGACACCCCUCGUGGACUGUAAUAAUGCUCCCCUCCCUCGAACCCUCCCUUCCACAUGGAUUGAAAACAAACUCUAUGGCAUGCCAUACCCGAACUGGCCUGAGGAGAGUCCUGUACCACUCACAAGAUUCGAUGGCACUAACUCUGUGUUCCCAAGAUAUGCAAAUGAUAGUGUAUAUGCUAACUGGAUGGUUUCCACCCUCAGCGGCAAAAUUAAUGGACAAGUUUAAUAGUUAAAAUUUCUUUGUGAAAGGUAAUGGACUCAGAAGGGGGAAGAAACAUGCAAAGAAUGGAAAGUCCACUGGCUCGUUCUUUGUGCAAUUUAAACUGGUUAAGCCACCGUUAAUUUCUAGAACAGCAAACUCGUUUUUGGUAGUUUGUUUUAAUUGCUUUUAAAAAUGGCUUUACUUGAGAUAACCAAUAAUUCCCCCCUCUUGGGAAACAUAUCAAACUGGAUGAGAAUUCUAGUUCCAGUAUUUUAUUAACCCUUGUUUUUUACUCCCCUACCAACAACCCCCCCCCGCCCCCACGUGCCCCCAACCCAGCAGAAAGGUCCAGUUUGGUAUCUGCUCACUACCUAAUGAACACUUCAUGCUUACAAUUUUUCAGGUCAGUUAUUCACAGACAAGUGUGUUCAUUUAAAGUAAUUCUUUUUAACCUGAAUUACUAAAAAAAAAUUUUUUUGGUUGCCGUGAAAACAAGGCAACAUGAGGGAAGCAUGAAGCACAAAAAUAUUCAUAAAAUAUUGUUCCAAAUUAGUUGCACCAGUUUGCAAAUCAGAAGGUUAGCAAAAGCUUGAUGCUAAAAUGAAACCCUAUUGUGGGGUGAAGAGAGAGCAGGGAAUCUCAGUACAGAAAUGAUCUCAACAUUUGAGAUCCUGAAAUUUUAUUUUACAAAGGUAUUGUUAUCUUUUCUUAGCAAAAAGACCGAAAUUUGUUUUUACCAGAUUUAAAACUAUUCUAACUUUUAGCACAAUGAAGAGAAGUUUGAUACCAGAGAUGCUAUGUAUAAAGAUUGAUGUCAGUGAAGAGAGUUCACAAGCCACAACAUAGUUACCAUUACAUCCAUCUUACUAUUAUCCAUUCCUCCAUCAUCAUAAUUCCUUCUAUGAGAACAGUGUAGAGAAUGCAGGUUAAUUUCAGUGGGCUAUGUUCCAGAGAUCUCAAUGAUUCUGGAUGACAGAAGGGACCUUCUCAGCUUCAAAUCCCAUUGUACAAUUUCAGUACAUAACGCCACUAUCAGCAUGGUUUCGAAUCAGUCGUUCAUCUUGCAAGUUAUGAGUAGCUUAGACUCAUGUUCAGUUUAGUUUGUCCAACAGUUCUAUUACCAGCUUCUUUACAUAGGAGGCAUUCUAACUAGUUAUUUUAGAGGUAGCGUUAACACAAGAAGAGAUGCUACAACUUGAAACGGGAGGUGAUACAGUUUCCAUAGAGUUCAGAGAAUGCUUUGGCUCUUAUAGAGCUUCCAUGUCUAUUUUUUUUCUUGUGUUUUGUAAUUUAAAGCUGCUAUAGCAAGAGUUUUUGUUCCCUUAAAGUAUUUGAACUCACAAGCAACUUGUUAUAUAAUUCAGUGUUCCCGAAUAGUCAUAUUUAUUCAAAAACAUGGCUCAUGUGUUGCAGUUUAUGACUUGUAAGUCUCUGUGGGUAUUAUUUUGUUGUCAGCACAAUAUGUUACCAGUAUGCUCACAUCGAUCAUUUCAUAGGGGAGAGUCGGGUUGCCAAAACACUGCCUGGUCUUUAGAUUUCAAGCACUGUGAUAGGAUUUAAAAUAGUUUUCAUAAGAAUACUGUAUUUUAUAAAAAAAAAAUCAAAAAAGCAGUACUAUUUUGGGGCUCUUUGGUUUGACUGAGAGAACAUGUUCCUGUACAUUGGUGAAUAAAUAUAUAUGUGUGUGUGUGUAUUAAUAUACAUCCAUUGUAUAUUCAUACAUAUGUAUAUAACCAUGUACAUUCAUUUUGGUGAAUAUGUGGGUAUAUAUACAUAUACAUAUAUAUGUAUAUAUAAAAUCACCACUGUUAAGGUACACAGAAGAGGAAUGAUAAUCAAACUCAGAUCCUUGAGUUUAUGGCAUUUUGGAAAUAUAUUGUGACAAUUCUCUUUCAAAUAGCUGCUGUGGCUAAAUGUUUUUUUUCUAUGUUUAAUGAUAGCUUUAUCAAAUAAAAAAAUAAGGAUAGACUCUCUAAAUAAUGAAAGUACUUGCACAGUAAGGGUGAAUUACUGUAAUAAGAUGAUCAGCCCCUAUCAGAAGAAGAGAGAGAAAGAUUUUCAGAAUGUAUUGGUUGAUGGAUGUUGUCUCUGACUUCAUGCAUCACCUGAUGUCUGCUCCUGAGCUGGAAAAAUAUUAGAAUUACCAGUCAUAUUGGUCAUGAUUUAUGUGUGUAUAUAUACACAUAUAUACAUGAAGGAGAGCUUUCCAAGUACUGAGUAACAAUCUCAGUUAUUUAAAAGAGAUAUUUAAACUCUCAUUAUUCAAGGCAAUUAUACUAUGCUGUUUUUUUUUUUUUUGCAAUCAAGGUGAAAAAUUAACCAUUUCAGUCAUUUAAAUAAAAAUCAUGUACCAUCAAAA